AUGGAAGAAAGCAAUAAUCUGAAGCCGGUUGAGUCGGCGCAAUCACUUGCUUCGACCUUUUCAACUGUUCAAGAGGUCCUUUUCGUUGCCGUUGUCUGCAUGGGUCAAUUCAUGACUCAAACCAAUAUUGGAGUAUGCCUUUCGCCACUAGAUAUUGUUGGCGAUAGUUUUGGAAUCAACGAUCCAGGUGUUCUCAGCUGGUUUAUGGCCGGAUACUCUCUUACCGUGGGCACAUUUAUCUUGGUGUCUGGACGAUGCGGUGAUCUUUUCGGAUAUCGACUGAUGUUCAUCUCCGGAUUCUGUUGGCUCUCGCUCUGGUCUCUGGUUGCCGGGCUCAGUGUCUACUCAAAUCAUAUUUUGUUCAUUUUUGCGCGAGUUCUUCAGGGCAUCGGUGGUGCGAUGCUGCUACCAAACGCACUCGCGCUACUCGGAGCAACCUACCAUCCCGGCAAGCGAAAGAAUAUGAUCUUCGCCAUCUUUGGUGCCGCCGCACCCAAUAGCGCCCUUUUAGGGACCGUCUUUGGCGCACUCUUCUCCCAGUUAGCUUGGUGGCCCUGGACAUACUGGUCACAAGCUCUGAUCUCUCUUGGUUGCGCUGCACUAGGUCUUGCUGUCAUUCCAUCCAUCCAUCAUAAUACUCACUCUGAGAAGACUUUCUUGGGUCUGCUCAAAGCACUCGAUGCGCUUGGUGGAUUUUGCGGGAUUGGUGGGCUGGUUCUCGUGAACGUAGCAUGGAACCAAGCACCCAUCGUGGGGUGGAGUGAGCCAUACGUUUAUGUAAUUCUGAUCAUCGGUGUUUUGCUGAUUGCUGCGUUCUUUUACGUUGAAUUCCGUGUCGCCGAGCACCCUCUCAUCCCAUUCCACGCCUUCAGUCGCGACGUUUCCUUUGUCCUUGGCUGUGUUGCCUGUGGUUGGGGCUCAUUUGGAAUCUGGAUAUACUACUUCUGGCGAUUUGAGGAGAAAUUUCGACAGGCGACACCUCUCCUAGCAUCUGCCGAGUUCGUCCCUGUUGGGCCGAUGGGAAUCAUCGCAUGUGUUGUUACUGGAUGGCUGAUGAGUCACAUGCGUCCUGGAUGGAUCAUGGUACUGUCGAUGAGUGCGUUCACGCUAGGCAAUGUCUUGAUGGCCAUCGCACCUGUGCAGCAGACUUACUGGGCGCUCACAUUCGUUUGCUUGCUGGUGAUCCCUUGGGGUAUGGAUAUGUCGUUCCCGGCGGCUACUCUGAGGCUUUCAAAUGCGGUUGAGCGGAAACAUCAAGGUGUCGGUGCAUCACUGGUGACUACCAUCGUCAACUACAGCAUCUCGCUGAGCUUGGGAUUUGCCGGAACGGUGGAGGUUCAUGUCAACAAUGGCGGCACUACGCCAGACGAUAUUUUGAAAGGAUACAGGGGUGCCUUAUAUAUGGCCAUUGGGCUUGGUGGGCUGGGAAUGUUCCUCAGCGCUAUCUAUACUUUCAAGGGCUAUCGAGCCGAAAGUCAGUCUGAAAAGAUGAAGUCGGAAGAAUCUGGAGAAUAA